AUGGACCCUCAAAGAGAUAUCCGAGAGGAAUCCCGUCUUUAUCAAACUACUCUUCUUCAAGAUGGACUGAAAAAACUUUUGGAUGAGAACAAAUUUAUUGAUUGCUCGCUGAAGGUUGGCAGUAAGUCCUUCCCUUGUCACCGGCUGAUCCUGGCAGCCUGCAGCCCAUACUUCCGUGAGUAUUUCUUUUCAGAAGAAAAUGAGAAGAAACGCGAGGUGGUUCUGGAAGACGUUGACGAAAAUGUCAUCGCUAUGAUCCUUCAGUACCUGUAUUCUUCGGAGAUAGAAUUGACCGAUGAAAACGUGCAGAAUAUUUUUGCUGUAUCCAGCCGCUUUCAGAUUCCCUCCGUCUUCACAUUGUGUGUCACCUAUCUUCAGGAAAAGUUGUCUGUCAGCAACUGUCUCGCCAUCUUCAGGCUAGGACUUCUCCUGGAUUGUCCUCGGCUUGCUAUCGCUGCUCGCGAAUACGCCUCGGACCGAUUUGAACAAAUCUCUAAAGAAGAAGAUUUUAUGCAACUUGGCCUUCACGAGCUGAUUGGCCUCAUUGCGAGUGACACUUUAAAUGUGGAGAAGGAAGAGGUUGUAUUUGAAGCUGUAAUGAGAUGGGUACGGACUGACAAAGAGGACAGGGCUAAACGUUUAGGAGAAAUAUUUGACUAUAUACGUUUUCGCCUUAUGGCCGAGAAAUAUGUCAAAGACCGUGUAGAAAAGGAUGAUAUUAUUAAGUCGAAUCCAGAUUUGCUGAAGAAAGUUCAGGCAAUCAAAGAUGCAUUUGCUGGGAAACUUCCUGAGCCCGCUAAAGGAGGAGACAAAAAUACAAAGAAAGGAGAGAGCGCUGGAGAUGCGGUAAAUGGUGACGUUGGCGAUGAAGAUCUUCUCCCUGGCUUCUUGAAUGACAUUCCGAGACAUGGCAUGUUCGUCAAGGAGAUGAUCAUGUUCAUUAACGAUGCAAUGACUGUGGCAUAUGAUCCAAAUCUAAAUGAAUGCUUUCUGGCCGCAGUAAACAAUUUGAUUCCCAAAAAUCAUGUUAGCUUGGUUACGAAGAGAAACCAAAUUUUUGUUAUUGGUGGCCUAUACGUGGAUGAAGAAGAUAAAGAACAUCCAUGCCAAUGCUAUUUCUUCCAGUUUGACAGCAUUGCUGGGGCAUGGAAUGGUUUACCACCAUUACCUUCACCCAGAUGCCUCUUCGGGGUAGGGGAAACUGAGAAUUUCCUUUAUGUGAUUGGUGGUAAGGAUCUUCAAAAUGAACAAACGCUGGAUUCAGUGAUGUGCUAUGACAUGAACAAUCUAAAAUGGACAGAAUCCAAAGCAUUUCCUCUGAAGAUUUACGGUCACUCUGUGGUUUCACACAAUGGAUUAAUCUAUGUUAUUGGCGGGAAAACUGAUGAUGCUAAAUGUAUCAACAAAUUGUUUGUCUACAACCCAAAAAAAUCUGAGUGGAGGGAGCUGGCAGCCAUGAGCAAAGCACGAGCCAUGUUUGGAACUGCAGUGCAUCAAAGUAAAAUCUGGGUUGUUGGAGGGGUGACUGAAGAAGGCUUGACAGCUGCAGCUGAAGCGUAUGACAUCAUGAAUAAUAAAUGGGAGAAAGUGCCAGAAUUUCCACAAGAGAGAAGUUCAAUAAAUAUCAUCAAUAUGGCUGGAUCACUUUAUGCCAUUGGAGGUUUUGCCAUGAUUGAACUGGAAAAUAAAGAAUAUGCUCCCUCAGAAUUCACUGAUGUGUGGAAAUAUGAAGAUGAGAAGAAGGAAUGGAGUGGUCUGCUGAAGGAAAUUAAUUAUGGUGCAGGUGCCACCUGUCUUCCUGCACGCCUCAACAUGUUCAGACUUACCAAAUUAUAAAUAGUUCCAUGGUAUCAUUGAUAUUGCUGCUAAAUAGAACACAACU